CAAACUCUCUUCUGAGGAAACAAAACUGAGUCUCUGUGUCGUCUGUAUGUGUGAGAGUGAACAACCGUCCAAAUGGCUCAGCAGGGAGUUCUGCUGGACCAUGACCAGUUCGGUUGUUCUGUCUGUCUGGAUCUACUGAAGGAGCCGGUCACUACUGCCUGUGGACACAGUUACUGUAGGAGCUGUAUUGAGGACUGCUGGGAUCAGGAUGUUCUGAAAGGGGUCUAUAGCUGUCCUCAGUGCAGAGAGACCUUCACUCCAAGGCCUAAUCUGAGGAAAAAUAACAUGUUGGCUGAGAUGGUGGAGAAACUGAAGAAGACAGGACUCCAGGCUGCUCCCCCUCCUGCUCUGUGCUAUGCUGUACCUGGAGAUGUGGCGUGUGAUUUCUGCAUUGGGACCAGAAAGCAGAAAGCCCUCAUGUCCUGUCUGGCGUGUCUGGCCUCUUACUGUGAGACUCACCUCCAACCUCACUAUGAAUCUCCUGCUUUCAAGAAGCACAAGCUGGUCAAAGCCACCGCACAACUACAGGAGAAGAUCUGCUCUCAUCAUGACAAACUGCUGGAGGUUUACUGUCGUACCGAUCAGCAGUGUAUCUGUUAUCUGUGUACAAUGGAUGAACAUAAAGGCCAUGAUACUGUGUCAGCUGCAGCAGAGAGGACUGAGAAACAGAAGCAGCUGAGGAUGAGUCAGCAGAAGAUCCAGCAGAGAUUCCAGGAGAGAGAGAAGGAGCUGAAGGAGCUCCAACAGGCUGUGGAGUCUUUCAAGCAUUCUGCACAGGCAGCAGUGGAGGACAGUGAUCAGAUCUUUACUGAGAUGAUCUGCUCCUUUGAGAGAAGGCGUUCUGAGGUGAAGGAGCUGAUCAGAGCCCAAGAGAAGGCUCAAGUGAGUCAAGCUGAAGGACUCCUGGAGCAACUGAAGCAGGAGAUAGCUGAGCUGAGAAAGAGAAGCACUGAGUUGGAGCAGCUCUCACACACAGAAGAUCACAUCAAUUUCCUCCAGAGUCAUCAGUCUCUCUCCAGUAUCAGUGUAUCUUCAGACUUACCCAGCAUUGUUGUCCAUCCUCUUCAGUACUUUGGAGAUGUGAGUAAGACUGUGUCUGAACUGAGAGAGAAACUAGAAGACUUCCUUAAAGGAGAAUGGACCAAGAUCUCGUCUACAGUGAAUAUAGUGGAUGUUGUACUGCCUCCAGAGCCCAAGACCAGAGAACAGUUGUUACAACAUUCCUGUAAGCUCACACUGGACCCAAACACAGCAUACACACACCUCUCUCUGUCUAAAUGGAACAGAAAGGUGACCUAUACACGCCAAAUCCAACCAUAUCCUGACCAUCCAGACAGAUUCACCAACCACUACCAGGUUUUGUGUAGAGAGGGUCUGUCUGGACGCUGUUACUGGGAGGUGGAGUGGAGUGGUUAUGUUAUUACAGCAGUCUCCUAUAAAGACAUCAGCAGAACAGAGACAGGUAAUAUAUUUGGACUCAAUAACAAGUCCUGGAGUUUACAGUACCAGUGGUUUAGUGAUGGUUAUUGUUUCAGACACAAUAAUGUUGAGACUAAAAUAUCAGGCCCUCAGUCCUCCAGAGUAGGAGUGUACCUGGAUCACAAGGCAGGUAUUCUGUCCUUCUACAGUGUCUCUGACACAAUGACCCUCCUCCACAGAGUCCAGACCACAUUCACUCAGCCCCUCUAUCCUGGGUUUUGGCUACGUAGUUGUAAAAAUACUGCUGAGCUGGUUAAACUGUAGUAGGGUCCACAUAGAUACUAGUCAUGCUGGUGUAGUCUAUAGCUGAGCUGGUUAAACUGUAGUAGGGUCCACAUAGAUACUAGUCAUGCUGUUGUAGUCUAUAGCUGAGCUGGUUAAACUGUAGUAGGGUCCACAUAGAUACUAGUCAUGCUGGUGUAAUCUAUAGCUGAGCUGGUUGAACUGUAGUAGGGUCCACAUAGAUACUAGUCAUGCUGGUGUAGCCUAUAGUUGAGCUGGUUAAACUGUAGUAGGGUCCACAUAGAUACUAGUCAUGCUGGUGUAGUCUAUAGCUGAGAUGGUUAAACUGUAAUAGGGUCCACAUAGAUACUAGUCAUGUUGGUGGUGAUGGGCCCCAGAUGUGAUGGUCUGUUUUUCUGUACAAUAAUUUGUCUGACUGUAUAGUUGAAUUAAUGUAAUAUACUUAUUCUUAUCAAAUACAAUGUUUUAAUCUUGUACAUUUCCAUGAAUCAUGAUGUAUGGUGUUGAUGUAUAUUGGUUGUCAUUCAGAACCAUUGAUAUGUUUUCUCAGUUUUCUCAAUCUAUGUAAUUCUCCUCAGUGGCAUUGAACAGGUAGUAUCACUAACUAACUAAACUAUAUGGAACAGAAAGUAUCACUAACUAACUAACUAAACUAUCUGGGACGGACAUAGAUUAAUCCUAGAAGUAUGUUCAGUGGAGAUUCUCAAUGUAGAUGUCCAGGAAACCUGCCCGAAAUUUGGCAUCUUUCAUCCUCCCAAACUGCUCAGUCAAGCAAAAUUAAAUCUGUCCAGCAGGUGGUGCUAUUGACCAAACAAUAAAAUCAGCAGAUAUCUUGACUUGCCACUCAGUUUAUCAGUAAUGUUCAGAAUAGUACUUUAAUAUCAUUGGAGAUUGAUGGUCUUUUUAAUCCACUAUCCAGAGUCAGGAACAGAUGAAGUUGGGUCUGCUACUGUUCAGUGAUUAAAUAUGACUUAUGGUGAUGGGAAAUAAAAAAUACAACAUUAAA